AAAACUACGCGACCAGCCUGCCCCACGACAAGCCGAGCAGAGCAGGUACCGCGUUCGCCAUUGUCUACUCGCAGCGCUAGCUAGCGAGCUCGUCACUCACCCACUCCCCCUCCGUGCACUCGCUCUCCCUGCAGCUAGCCAGCCGCCGCUUCUGGCCAUUGUAGCAAGGCAGAUCCCCGAACCGGCGGAUGCAGAAGCUCCAGCUCGCCAGCCCGACCGCGGUGUCCGUCCCGGCGCUCUUCCUCUUCGUCCUCUUCCUGCUCGCCGCGCGCCAGCAACGCUCGCUCCUCGACACCUACAGGUCCGGGUUCGCCUCCGUUUCCUCGUCGGGGUCGCCGCGGCUCGAGCCCGGGCGUCCUGCCGUCGCCCGGGUGCCCAAGGGAUGCGACAUUUUCCGGGGCGAGUGGGUGCCGGAUGACGGCGGCGAGCCGUACUACACGAACCGGACCUGCCCGCUGAUCCAGGAGCACCAGAACUGCAUGAAGUACGGCCGCCCCGACCUCGGCUUCCUUAGGUGGCGCUGGCGGCCGGCGCAGUGCGAGCUCCCCCGGUUCGACGCGGCGGCCUUCUUCGACGCCGUCAGGGGCCGCUCCAUGGCCUUCGUCGGGGACUCGCUCGCCAGGAACCACAUGCAGUCCCUCAUGUGCCUCUUGUCCAAGCUGGAGUACCCCAAAGACAUUUCCACGACGAAAAACCAAGAAUUCAGGACAUUGUACUACGAGUCUUACAACUUCACCAUCUCCACCUUCUGGUCGCCGUUCCUCGUCAAGGCGAACCAGUCCGACGCCGACUACGGCAGCGGUCGGCUGUGGAAUAUCUACCUCGACGAGCCGGACGACGCCUGGCUGCCCGGCGUGGCGGGCGCCGACUACCUCGUCCUCUCGGGCGCGAACUGGUUCACGCGGCCGUCCCUGUUCUACGAGUCCGGCCGCCUCGUCGCCUGCCACUACUGCCUCGUCCCGGGCGUGCCGGACCUCACGCUGCGGCACUCGCAGCGGGUGGCGUUCCGCACGGUGCUGCGGGCGGUCACGAGCCACCCGGGCUUCAACGGGACGGCGAUCGUGCGGACGGUGUCGCCGACGCACUUCGAGGGCGGGGAGUGGAACAAGGGCGGCGACUGCCGGCGGACGCGGCCGUACGCGGCGAACGAGACGCGCAUGGCCGGGCUGAGCCUCGACUUCCACACGGCGCAGGUGGAGGAGUUCGCGCAGGCGGAGGAGGCGGCCAGGAGGAGAGGAGGGGGAGGCGCGAGGCUGGUGCUCAUGGACACCACGGCGGCGAUGCUGCUCCGGCCGGACGGCCACCCGAGCCGGUACGGGCACUGGGCGCACGAGAACGUGACCCUGUAUAAGGACUGCGUGCACUGGUGCCUGCCGGGCCCGAUCGACGCGUGGAACGAGAUGCUGCUCCAGAUGGUACUGCCCUGAUGCACCGUGGUUGGCAUGUGUCCAAUGUCGUUGGCCGUUUUCUGGUUUCAUCUGUGUGCUUCUCAACUGCUGGUUGUUACGGAAUUCCAUGUGGAAAUAGAUGACAAAGAAUUUCCUACUUGUUCCCUUUCUUUAACGCAAAUAAUAAAUACCGAACGUCAGGUAUGAGCACAUGACAAAUUCAAACAUUUUCUAUGGCAAAUUUAGUGACACGAAGAUGUAAG